GGAGGUCGCUUGAGGCGUGUCGGCGGCAGUCAAACCGCGCACCGCGCGCAUGUGGACGUCUCCUAUUCGCGUGAUGAUGGCCGAUCUUAUAAGCUGAUGGGCGCUCUCGUCUGGUGGCUGGCGGCCUGCUGCCUCGUUCGCGCCGUCGCCGCCGGCAAUCCUGACGCCAAGCGCCUCUACGACGACCUCUUAUCCAACUACAACAAACUAGUGCGUCCUGUUGUCAACAACACGGACGUCCUUCGCGUCUGCAUCAAGCUGAAGCUGAGCCAGCUCAUCGAUGUCAACUUGAAGAAUCAAAUUAUGACAACGAACCUAUGGGUGGAGCAGUCGUGGUAUGACUACAAGCUUCGCUGGGAGCCUCGCGAGUACGGCGGAGUGCACAUGCUGCAUGUGCCCUCCGAUCAUAUAUGGAGACCAGACAUCGUGCUUUACAACAAUGCCGACGGUAACUUCGAGGUAACGUUGGCGACCAAGGCGACCAUCUAUCACCAAGGGCUGGUCGAAUGGAAACCACCCGCUAUUUACAAGUCCUCCUGCGAAAUAGACGUGGAAUAUUUUCCUUUCGACGAGCAAACAUGCGUUCUUAAGUUCGGUAGCUGGACGUACGACGGAUUCAAGGUGGACUUGAGGCAUAUGGAUGAGCAAGCUGGGAGUAAUGUGGUGUCCAUGGGAGUUGAUCUAUCAGAGUUCUAUAUGUCCGUGGAAUGGGAUAUUUUAGAAGUACCAGCUGUUAGGAACGAGAAGUUUUACACGUGUUGCGACGAGCCCUACUUGGAUAUAACGUUCAACAUUACACUAAGACGCAAGACGCUGUUCUACACCGUCAAUAUUAUCAUACCUUGUAUGGGUAUAUCGUUCCUUACCAUACUUACCUUUUACUUGCCUUCUGACAGCGGCGAAAAGGUCACUCUCUCAAUAUCGAUUCUUAUCAGUCUCCACGUGUUCUUCCUUCUUGUGGUGGACAUCAUACCGCCAACGUCUCUGGUAGUACCCCUUCUUGGAAAAUAUCUCAUCUUUGCAAUGAUACUGGUUUCAAUAAGCAUAUGUGUGACGGUGGUGGUAUUGAACGUACACUUCCGCUCGCCCCAGACACACAGAAUGGCGCCGUGGGUCAAACGAGUCUUCAUACAUAUCCUGCCCAGACUGUUGUUCAUGAAACGACCUCAGUACAAAUUCGAUACAACAAGAUCCCGUUUCACAACUUGCGGAGUGGUAGUUCGUUGUGGGGGCGCGGCCCGACCUCUAUAUCCUUAUCGUCUAGCUUCUGCUGAUGACGACUGCUGUGCCCCUGGGGCUUGGCCACCUCCAGCUGUCCCCACCAGACCUCUCACUCGCACACCAAGCAAGGAGGACUUAACGCAUACCACAUACGUGCAAUCGGGGUUAAGUGAAAGUAACCGGUUUGGUGGCAGCUGCGUUGUCCACGGUUCUAGCGAGGGCGGAGCACUACCAGUUCCCGAGGAGGAGGCUCUUAGUCCUGUUCCGGAGCCCCCGCCUGGCUUCAGUCACUCCUCCUGUCCCCCUGAAGUACAUAGAACGUGUUUCUGCGUGAGAUUCAUAGCAGAACAUACUAGGAUGUUGGAAGACUCAACUAAGGUCAAAGAAGAUUGGAAAUACGUUGCGAUGGUGCUCGAUCGUUUAUUCUUAUGGAUAUUUACCUUGGCGGUUUUAGUUGGGACCGCCGGCAUUAUCCUUCAAGCGCCCACGUUAUAUGACGACAGAGUGCCCAUUGAUAAACAUUUCAAUCAAAUAGCAACGUCCUCGCUAGUCAGGUGUCCGCCACCGUCGUAAUCAAAUAAAUUUUAAUACUGUAA